AUGACAAGAAUAUCACAAUCGAAGUUACCUGUACUGAACAAGGAACGUUGCAACCAUAUCCGCCAACUAUCAACUGCACCCAGAUACUAUUUAGAUUCCGACAAAGAUUUGAUAGAAAAAGAAACACCGAAUUAUCAAGUUGUUCAAAGCUCUUGUCGCCAAUGCCACCCAUUUGGCACAGAAUUCUGUGAAAAAGUAGAAGGAGGUUUCGCGUGCAAAUGCACACUCGGAUGGACCGGUUUCACAUGCUGGAAUUCACCGGACCAAUGCGCGCUUACUCAGCUGCAAUGCGGUCCUAACGGCAAGUGCAUUUCGGAUGUUGACGGGGCGUACUGUGAAUGCAGUGAAUUUUACGAUGGAAAACAAUGUGAACACUCAAAGCUGAGUCUCGAGUCAUAUUUUUUCAAUGAGGUAAGCGACAUUAAACUUGCAACCUUGACAUUGAUCCAGUUUCAAAAAUUACAACAAAAAACCAGUUAA